AUGGAGCCGGGGCCCGGCGGCCGAAGCGCUGCUCGCGGGCACGGGGCCGGACCCGCGAGCACUCCACCGCCUAGGGAGCAGGAGCGGAAGCUGGAGCAGGAGAAGCUCUCCGGGGUGGUAAAGAGCGUCCACCGGCGGCUCCGCAAGAAGUACCGGGAAGUGGGAGAUUUUGAUAAGAUCUGGAGAGAACAUUGUGAGGAUGAGGAAACUCUUUGUGAAUAUGCUGUUGCAAUGAAAAAUUUGGCAGAUAAUCAUUGGGCAAAAACUUGUGAGGGCGAAGGUCGUAUUGAAUGGUGUUGUAGUGUGUGCAGAGAAUAUUUCCAAAAUGGUGGGAAGAGAAAAGCACUUGAAAAAGAUGAAAAAAGAGCUGUACUCGGCACUAAGACCACUCCAGCCUUAAACACGCACGAAUCUUCUAAACUUGAAGGUCCUUUAACCAACCUCAGCUUUACAAACCCUGAGUUUAUAACUGACCUGUAUUCUAGUAUUAUGGAACUAUUUAAAUUUCCGUAGUGGUAUAUGCUUGGUCUCGCUGGCAGUUGCAAGUGCAGUAUAUCCUUUUUCUGAUCAACUAUUGCUAUAUUACAUUAGGAUAUAUUUGAAAUAUCUUCCAUUUCAGAAUUUAACUUGAACUUCUCAAAAGAAUUGAUACUCUGGCCAAUAGCAAACCUU